AAUGGGGUAGUAAUAAUUUGUUUGUGUCCUGUUUUUUUUUAUGGAAUCUUUUUGUAUUUAAUAUUGAAAUAGUAAUAAAAGCUAUCUUAAGAAUAAACAAGUACAAUGCUUAAUAUACAAAGCUACGGUAGCAGUUCCGAAGAUGAGAAUGAUGAUAUUGUGAAAGAAAACAGUAAUGAAAAUUUGUUGAUUCAUUUGAAACCUGUGGAUCCUAAUUUGUCUGUAGCAAAAACAAUGCAGAUAUGUGCGGCGCCUGUAGUAAUGCCUACAAAUAAUGAUGAUACCAGAGUAUUGUUACCACCAAAUCAAGAAUUGAUGCAUAACCCUAAAUAUGAAGAACUUUUUGCACCAACAUUUGGUCCUGAAAAUCCUUUUCAAACUCAACAAAUGAAAGCAAACAGAAACAUGCUCUCUGGAUAUGUGGAGAAGGCACACAUAAGUGAAUUUCAAUUUGAAAAUCAGAGGCGGACAUUUACUAGUUAUGGUUAUGCAAUGGAUCCAUCAACUGAUGUUGAUACUGGGAGUAAUGAUGCUGUUGUUGUUUCUGCCAUGGUAGCUCCCCCUCCAGAAACAGAAGGAAAAACAGUAUUUGAAUCAAUAAAAAAGAGGCCAUUGGAUAAAAAGAAAAGAAACAAAAAUGAUAAUCCAGAAGAUAUUAAUGGAUUCUUGGGUCCUUGGGGAGGAUAUGAAGGAGAGAGGAGAGUUAUGAAACCGGAAGGGGAUGAAGCUAAGGAAUUGGAAGAAAUUCUGGCAAAGAGACAAAAGAGAGGCAAAGUAGAUGAUGACAAACCCUUAGAAGAGAAAUCCAUUAUUCACAUUGACAAGGCGACUGACUACCAAGGUCGUUCGUGGAUCGAAGCACCGCGCAGUGAAACACAACUCCGCAGUGACACACCGCCAGACAAAUGCUUUUUGCCCAAGGCUCACAUUCACACAUGGAAAGGUCACACGAAGGGAGUGGCAGCCGUGCGAUGGUUCCCUACCACCGCUCAUCUCAUGUUAUCUGCCGGCAUGGACUGCAGAGUUAAGAUAUGGGAGGUGUACGGUGGGCGACGUUGCGUGCGUACGUACUUUGGUCAUCGGCAGGCGGUACGCGAUGUCAACUUCAAUAACAGUGGUGACCACUUCCUUUCUGCUGCAUACGAUCGUUACAUAAAGCUGUGGGACACCGAGACGGGGGCGUGCGUGUCUCGAUUUACGUCAAGGAAGGUGCCGUACUGCGCCAAGUUUAAUCCUGAUCCUGAUAAACAACAUUUAUUCGUCGCCGGCACAUCUGACAAGAAGAUCAUAUGCUGGGAUACGAGAAGCGGAGAAAUAGUACAAGAGUACGACAGACAUUUGGGGGCGGUGAACACAAUCACGUUCGUUGAUGAAAACAGAAGAUUUGUCACCACAUCUGAUGAUAAAAGUUUACGCGUUUGGGAAUGGGACAUACCGGUAGACAUGAAGUACAUAGCUGAUCCGUCUAUGCACUCGCUACCGGCGGUGACUGUAUCGCCCAACGGCAAAUGGCUCGCGUGUCAAUCUAUGGACAACAAGGUUAUAGUGUUCAGCGCUCUCAACAGAUUCAAAAUGAACAGGAAGAAAACUUUCACUGGUCACAUGGUGGCUGGAUACGCGUGCUCCGUUGACUAUUCACCGGAUAUGAGUUAUUUGGUGUCGGGUGACGCUGAUGGCAAGUGUUACAUCUGGGAUUGGAAAACGACGAAACUUUAUAAGAAGUGGAAAGCUCACGAUGGAGUUUGCAUAUCAGCUUUAUGGCAUCCACAUGAGCCUAGUCGCCUUCUAACUGCGGGCUGGGAUGGCGUCAUAAAAUACUGGGAUUAAAUAAAAAAAAUAAUUUGCUGAAAAGAUUUUAAUUUCCCUAACAUGAACCAGAACCAUAAAUAUAUAAUGAAAAACGCAAAUAAACUAUACGACAUAUAGGUAACAUUUUCUUAAAUAUUUUUUGAUGCUUUGCAAUCUAAAUUCAAUGUCAUGACCUUCUUCUCAGGGUUACAAGUGAAUUAGGCUACUUGCAUUGGGUAUUUGUAUGGUUCCUCAUAUGCGAUGUCGACCUUGUAUUCCAUACUGCAUUCUCUGCAAGUGCCAUUGAUCAUGAACUCAUCAAAAGUUAUAUUAUUUUCAUGGAAUGCUUCAAUAAGAGCAGUGAUAAGGCUGUCGAUCAUUUCGGGCGUGUGAUAGGGACCUGGGGCGAACCGCAGGCGUUCUUCACCUCGCGCCACUGUUGGAUAGUUGAUCGCCUGCACAUAAUGGCCUCUCUUCAUUAAGGAUUCGGCGACCAGUGCCACUUUAUCCGCUCCCUUUAUAGGUACAGGUACUAUGUGACUUACUGAUGGCAUUUGCGGGAGUCCCGCGACGAGAAGUGACAGUUUCAAGUAUCUUACAAUAGCUUGAUGCUUUGUUCUCAAAUUCCUCCCUUCUUCACUGGCAAGUAAUCUAAUAGCAGCUAAAGAGCCUGCUAGCACUGGAGGAGGUAGAGCUGUAGUAAAAAUAAAACCAGGCGCCAAUGACCUUAUAGUGUCUACUAGAAGUGAAGAACCAGCAAUGUAGCCACCCACAUUUCCGUAAGCUUUCCCCAAGGUUCCCGACACUACAUCUAUUAAGUUUUGGAUACCUCUCUCUUCGCCAAUGCCUGCACCAUGCUUCCCAUACAACCCUACUGCAUGGACUUCGUCCACAAAGGUUAAAGCACCAUAUUCAUGGGCUAUAUUGCACAUUUCCUCUAAAGGACAUAUAGCACCACUCAUUGAAUGAACAGUUUCAAAAACAACCAGUUUUGGUACACCUUUAGGAGAUUCUGAUAAGAGUUGCCUAAGGUGGCUGGGAUCAUUGUGCCUAAAUAUGUAUUUAGGUGCUCUACUAUUACGAAUACCUUGAAUCAUUGACGCAUGGUUUCCAGCAUCAGAAUAAACAAUACAUCCAGGUAAAAUUUUUGCCAGUGUAGAUAAAGUUGCAUCAUUUGCUACAAAACAAGAACUGAAAAUCAGGGCAGCAGGUUUCUUAUGUAGUUGUGCUAUUUCAGCCUCUAGUUUUUCAGUCAUUUGUGAGUUUCCAGCGAUGUUGCGAGUACCACCAGCACCAGUGCCAUAUGAUUUAAUAGCAUUAAUAGCAGCAUCCUGGACUACAGGGUGGCGAGAAGCGCCAAGGUAGUCAUUAGCACACCAUACGGUGACGCGGCGAUUCUCAGCACCCUCUAAGGCUUGAGGAUAUGCUCCAUCGGCGGCCAAACGAGACACUUUCCUGAAUACACGGUAUGAAUAAUCCUUCUUCUUAGCACUGAUUUGAUCAUUGAAAAAUUUCUCAUACUUGUAUGGCAGAAGAUUCUCCGCUAUAUCUUCAGACAUUUCCUUAGGAGCUUCAGCAAUGAUGGCAUUCUCUUUGAUGAAGGGGCAUUUCGUCUCAUCAUUUCCGAGAGAUCGAAAGCCUCGAGACACAACGGGGCAAUAGUUUGCGUAUUGUUUCAACAGAGCCCCUCCGUAAUUUCUUACGAAGGCUUGGUUGAGUGAUCCCAUAAAUGGACAAGGCAUUUUAUGUAAUUCUUGGUAACACUUUUCACAACACGAGUUAGAAAAUUCGGG